AUGAGUAUGGCCUUCCAGGUGCCCCCGGCCGUGCUCGAAUCGCUGUCACCCAAGUCCAGGUCAUGCAUCGAGAACCUGGGAGUUCACCAACCCGGAGAGAUAGAUAUCUCUAACUCUGCCGUGCUGGCUGCAGUCCUCGUACUGCUAUACGAGAAGUCGGACGAACUCCGCGUCCUACUGACCACCCGAUCCAAACUCCUUCGUGCACACCCCGGAGAAACCGCCCUUCCUGGAGGGAAAGUUGAUAAAGACGACGCCAGUCUCGUUUUCACUGCUUUCCGAGAAGCGAACGAGGAAGUGGGAUUACCUCGGCAUUCGCCCUCACUAUACACCGUGUCAGUCCUCCGCCCAUUCCUGUCGAAUAGGAAAGUAGUCGUCCGGCCCGUGAUUGCGCUACUGGGCGACCUCUCGCUUCUGGAUAAGCUGAAGGCCAACGAAGCCGAAGUGGCACACAUCUUCGACCACCCUCUCGAAGCCAUCAUAGACCCUAUUCUCGCACUGAAGGAGUCGCUCGUAGGGAAGGGCUCGACCGACUGGCCGUACGAGGAAGACCUCCAUAACACCGAUGACCGCCGGCUUGCAUUCCUCGGGGACGCCACAUACCGCAUGCACCGUUUCAGGAGUACCGCUUCUCCAAUAAAGGGCCUCACAGCCGAGAUACUCAUGACGGUGGCCGAGGUUGCGUAUGCCCGACCGCCCACGUUUGAGCGCUAUGCACCCGAGCAGAUGACCGACUUCACCGCGGUCCUUCGCGCGCUCGAGCAAGCGGAACAGGGAGAACAGGUCCACGCCUCCGGGACAUCCACUCCAAUUGGUGUCGCGACGAACGUCUCACAUGGUGGCACGUAG